AUGGCUCAGCGCAAUGAUCCAGAGAAGAUUGGCAAAGAGGAGGAACACAGCAGGCUUAUGACAUUAGCUGGCAUCUCCAGCGAAGCAUUUAUAGGUCCCAAAAUUUUCACUGGGGGUCCUACUAUGAAACAGUUCAUGGAUAUUUUCUCCCUUCCUGAAAUGACCCUUCUUUCUUGUGUGAAUGACUACUUUAUUAACCACAGCAUUGAAUAUGAUCCUGUUCAUCUCUUCAGAGAUGAUGCUGUAACCAGUGUUCAUGUCAAAGGAAUGAUGUACAAUUGGAUUGAACAGGACCUGGAGAAAUACAUUCUUCAUGGUGAUGAAACAUACGCUGUCCUAAACCGGCUGGUUAAUAAUGGAAAAAAGCUCUUUCUUAUAACCAACAGUCCUUUCAACUUUGUUGAUAAAGGAAUGAAACACAUGGUGGGAAAGGACUGGCGGGAUCUCUUUGACUUGGUGAUCGUCCAAGCUGAUAAGCCAGGUUUCUUUACGGAUAAGCGCAAGCCUUUCAGAAGAUUGGAUGAUACGGGUGUGUUGCAGUGGGACAAAAUCAACAGGCUAGAGAAGGGAAAGAUGUAUAAACAGGGAAACCUAUUUGAUUUUCUACGACUGACAGGCUGGGGUGGAUCCAAGGUGCUUUAUUUUGGUGACCAUCUGUACAGUGACCUGGCAGUAAGUACAGUUUUUUACAUCAUAUCUCUGAGCUUGUGUCUGAAUAGAAUUUGUGCAGUGAUAUGCGAAUUACCAGCAGCUUCAUGGAUCAGCUGUCAGAAUGGAAACAUAUGCAAAUAA